UUAGCAAAGACAAACAACUAGACAUUGUGCAAUAAUUCAGAUAUGAAAAGGUAACGGAGUGAUUAAUGCAGAGGAGGUACACCUACUGUUAACAAUAUAUAGCAGUUAGUAGACAAAAUCUUCCUGCAUUUAGGAAAUCAGAUUGCAGGGUCAAUGAGCUAGCGGCAAGGGCUGCUGAGUAAAUGAAAGAGCUGCUGCACUGUGGAACCUGAUGUGGGGAAAACACAAGCAAAUUUUUCUGUGCAGAGAAGUCACUGUCCCCCAGGAGGAGCAAACGGAAUCGAUUCUAGAAGAAACAUGUUUUGGAAAAGACAUCUCCUUGCUGGAACUGUGAAUAUUCAAAAUACUAUUUUGAACACAUUGCAGCUGAAACGAAUAAAUAUACUAAGAAGCACACUGACAGAUAAACAGACCAUCUCAAAAGAAUCUCUGACUUAUUCUGGGAAGAUCCAAGAUAAAGAACCCUCAGAGCCUUUAUGGACUACAUUUGCUGAUAGUGUGGUCAAGCUGAGAGUAGAUCACUCAUGUUCACAAACUCCAAUAACAGUUCAUCAGAUGUUCAAAGAGACUGUGGAGAAAUAUGGGCAUCUCAAUGCUAUGGCCAGCAAAAAGAAUGGGAAAUGGGAAAAGAUCACAUUUGCAGAAUAUUAUAAUCUUUCUUGGAAAGGAGCCAAGGGCUUCUUGAAGCUUGGUCUUGAACGAUUCCACAGCGUAGCCAUACUUGGAUUUAAUUCUCCAGAAUGGUUCAUUUCAGCAGUUGGAGCUGUUUUUGCUGGAGGAAUUGUCACAGGUAUCUAUGCAACCAAUUCUCCUGAGGCCUGCCAUUACAUUGCUUAUGACUGCAAAGCCAAUAUCAUUGUGGUGGAAAAUCAAAAACAAUUGGACAAGAUAAUGCAGAUCUGGAAUCGUCUACCAUACUUGAAAGCAGUUGUGUUGUACAAUGACUGUUUGCCGGAGAGACACCCCAAUUUAUAUACGAUGGAAGAAUUUAUGGAGUUGGGAAAUGAUAUACCAGAUACUACACUCAAUGAUAUUAUUAACUCUCAAAAGCCAAAUCAAUGUUGUGUGCUCGUAUACACUUCUGGAACAUCUGGGAAGCCAAAAGGAGCCAUGCUGAGUCAUGACAAUAUAACCUGGACAGCAGCACAUGCCAGCAGAGCAGGGGAUAUGCAACCAGCAGAAAUCCAACAGGAGAUUAUAGUCAGUUACCUCCCACUCAGCCACAUCGCUGCUCAGAUCUAUGACCUUUGGACUGGAAUCAAGUGGGGAGAGCAAGUUUACUUUGCUGAGCCAGAUGCUUUAAAGGGCAGCUUGAUCAACACACUGAAAGAAGCACAGCCAACAUCUCAUAUGGGAGUUCCUCGAGUGUGGGAGAAAAUCAUGGAGAAAUUAAAGGACGUGUCUGCUCAGUCAGGAUUUAUGAAGAAGAAAAUGUUAUCAUGGGCCAUGUCUGUUAGCUUAGAGAGGAACCUAAGCUGCUCAGGGAGCAGUGACUUGAAGCCCUUUCGAACAAGAUUAGCAGACUAUUUAGUACUUGCAAAAAUCCGCAACGCUCUGGGAUUUUCCCACUGUCAGAAGCAUUUCUGUGGUGCUGCUCCUCUCACUACAGAAACUCUGGAUUUUUUCUUGAGUCUGAAUAUCCCCUUGUAUGAGGCGUAUGGGAUGAGUGAGACCACGGGACCGCACUGCAUGUCUGGGCCAUAUGUUUACAGACGUCGCAGCUGUGGUAAAGCAGUACCUGGCUGCAAAGUGAAACUGGUAAAUGAGGAUGCAGAUGGCAAUGGAGAAAUUUGUUUCUGGGGAAGAACCAUUUUCAUGGGUUAUUUAAAUAUGGAGGAUAAAACAAAAGAAGCCAUUGAUGAUGAUGGGUGGUUGCAUUCUGGAGACCUAGGAAAGUUAGACAAAGAUGGCUUCAUCUAUGUUACUGGGAGAAUUAAAGAGUUAAUUAUUACAGCUGGAGGUGAAAAUGUGCCUCCCAUCCCAAUAGAAGAUGCUGUCAAAAAGGAACUGCCCAUUGUUAGUAAUGCUAUGUUGAUUGGAGAUCAAAAGAAGUUCUUAUCAAUGUUGCUGACCUUAAAGAGUACCCUGGAUCCAGAUACAUCUGAUCCUACUGACAAUCUGACUGAGCAAGCCAGAGAAUUCUGCCAGAAAAUUGGAAGCAAAGCCACUAAGGUUUCAGAGAUUGUGGCAACAAGAGAUAAGGCUGUUUACCAGGCCAUUCAAGAAGGAAUCAAUAGAGUCAACAUGAAGUCAACUGCCAGUGUUCAGCAUAUUCAGAAAUGGACAGUCCUGGAAAAGGAUUUCUCCAUUGCUGGUGGAGAAUUUGGUAAGAUCUCUAUUUUAAGAUACUCACAUAUCUUCUGUACUAAGUACUGUAAGUUUGGGAUGACUCUCUCAGGAAUGGUGGAAUUGAAAGUUGUACAGCUCUUCCCAAACAAAUGGUAAUUAACUGAUAGCAAUGGACAAUAUCUGAUUACAGAGCAAUUAUAUUGUUAUGCUCUUAGGGAAGCCAACCACUGCAGGAUAAAAUUAGUUCAUGUUACAGUUUGAAAUUUAAACCAAGAUUUGUGAAAUGUGGGAUCUUUAUAGAAACGUUUAUUUAGCUUACUAGAAAGUUAUCCUUGGUCAAGUUUUUGUUUGAAAUUCAAGUCAAGAAGUCCUACGAUUUUGGUGCCAAAGAAUCAAAAUACAACCCCAAAUUAUACAACCUAUUUAAUAAUGAUUAAUUGCAUCUACAACUUUUUCUCUUUUCAGAAGAAAGUCAAAUGUAGUCAGUAUAAUCUGGGAAAACAAAUUCUUACCAUAAGCCAGCAUAAAAAGUAAUCAGAAAAUUAAGACCAUUGUGCAGCUAAUGCUUGUCUUUUGUGGCGAGGGAAAUAAUUAAAUAAUUAUUAAAGAUCUGUUGAUGAAAGAUGUUCUAAUUUUUUGCUUCACCAACUUUAACUUAACUGAUGUGAUAUACAG